AUGCAAAUAGAGCUUUCUGUCUGCUUCUUUUUGUGCCUGCUACCAUUCAGCUUUAGUGCCACCAGAAGAUACUAUCUUGGCGCUAUGGAACUGCCCUGGGACUAUAUGCAGAGUGACCUGCUGGCUGAGCUGCACGUGAAUACCAGAUUGCUUCCUAGAGUGCCAAGAUCUUUUCCAUUCAACACCUCAGUCAUGUUCAAAAAGACUGUGUUUGUAGAGUUCACGGAUCACCUUUUCAACAUCGCCAAGCCCAGGCCACCCUGGAUGGGUCUGCUGGGUCCUACCAUCCGGGCUGAGGUUUAUGACACAGUAAUAAUUACACUUAAGAACAUGGCUUCUCAUCCUAUCAGUCUUCAUGCUGUUGGCGUAGCCUACUGGAAAGCUUCUGAGGGAGCUGAGUAUGAUGAUAAGACCAGCCAAAGAGAGAAAGAAGAUGAUAAAGUCAUACCUGGUGAGAGCCAUACCUACAUCUGGCAGGUCCUGAAAGAGAAUGGUCCAAUGGCCUCUGACCCACCAUGUCUUACCUACUCAUAUCUUUCUCAUGUGGACCUGGUGAAAGACCUGAAUUCAGGGCUCAUUGGGGCUCUGCUGGUAUGUAGAGAAGGGAGUCUGGCCAAAGAAGGGACACAGACUUUGCAGGAAUUUGUACUACUUUUUGCUGUAUUUGAUGAAGGGAAAAGCUGGCACUCAGAAGCAGGUGAAUCCUCGGCACAGGGUGUGGAUUCUGCAUCUACUCUGCCCUGGCCUAAAAUGUACACAGUUAAUGGCUAUGUAAAUAGGUCUCUGCCAGGUCUGACUGGAUGUCACAGGAAGUCAGUCUAUUGGCAUGUGAUUGGAAUGGGCACCACCCCCGAAGUGCACUCCGUCUUCCUCGAAGGUCAUACAUUUCUUGUGAGGAACCAUCGCCAGGCCUUCUUGGAGAUCUCACCAAUAACUUUCCUUACUGCUCAGACACUCCUGAUGGACCUUGGCCGGUUCCUACUGUUUUGUCAUAUUCCUUCCCACCAACAUGAUGGCAUGGAAGCUUAUGUCAAAGUAGAAAGCUGCCCAGAGGAACCCCAAGUACGGAAGAAAAAUUAUGAAGAAGAGGAAGAUUAUGAGAAUGACGUUUAUGAUUCUAACAUGGACGUGCUCAGGUUUGAUGAUGACAGCUUUUCUCCCUUUAUCCAAAUUCGUUCAGUUGCCAAGAAGCACCCUAAAACUUGGGUCCAUUAUAUUGCUGCUGAUGAGGAGGAUUGGGACUAUGCUCCUGCAGUCCUCCCCUCCACCGACAGAAGUUAUAAAAAUCAAUAUUUAAACAAUGGUACUCAGAGGAUUGGUAGGAAGUACAAAAAAGUCCGAUUUAUUGCAUACACAGAUGAAACCUUUCAGACUCGUGAAGCUAUUCAGUAUGAAUCAGGAAUCCUGGGACCUUUACUUUAUGGAGAAGUUGGAGACACACUGUUGAUUAUAUUUAAGAAUCAAGCAAGCCGACCAUAUAACAUCUACCCUCAUGGAAUCACUAAUGUCAGUCCUUUGCACCCAGGGAGAUUACCAAAAGGUGUGAAACACUUGAAGGAUUUUCAGAUUAUGCCAGGAGAGAUAUUCAAGUAUAAAUGGACAGUGACUCUAGAAGAUGGGCCAACUAAAUCAGAUCCUCGGUGCCUGACACGAUACUACUCUAGCUUCAUUAAUCUGGAGAGAGAUCUUGCUUCGGGACUCAUUGGCCCUCUCCUCAUCUGUUACAAAGAAUCUGUAGAUCAAAGAGGAAACCAGAUGAUGUCAGACAAAAGAAAUGUCAUCCUGUUUUCUGUAUUUGAUGAGAACCAAAGCUGGUACCUCACAGAGAAUAUGCAGCGCUUCCUCCCCAAUGCAGCAGGAGUGCAGCCCCAGGAUCCAGAGUUCCAAGCCUCCAACAUGAUGUACAGCAUCAAUGGCUAUGUUUUUGAUAACUUGCAGUUGUCCGUUUGUUUGCAUGAAGUGGCAUACUGGUACAUUCUAAGUGUUGGAGCCCAAACCGACUUUCUGUCUGUCUUCUUCUCUGGAUAUACCUUCAAACACAAAAUGGUCUUUGAAGACACACUUACCCUAUUCCCAUUCUCAGGAGAAACUGUCUUCAUGUCAAUGGAAAACCCAGGUCUGUGGGUUCUAGGGUGCCACAACUCAGACUUUCGGAACAGAGGCAUGACAGCUUUACUGAAAGUUUCUAGUUGUGAAGGGAACACUGAUGGUUAUUAUGAUGACACAUAUGAAGAUAUUCCAACCUACUCGCUGAAUGAAAAUAGUGUCAUUGAACCCAGAGCCUUUUCCAGGAAUUUAAGGCACCCUAGCCCUAGGCAUAAGGAAUUCAAGGCCACCACAGCUCUAGAAAAUGACAUACAGAAGAUGGGCCCUCGGUUUGGAAAGAGAACACAGCUGCUUAAAGCACAAAGUGUCUCCUCUAGUGAUUUGUUGAUGCUCUUGGGACAGAGCCCUACUCCACAAGGAUUAUCCUUAUCUGAUCUCCAAGAAGCUAAAUAUGAGGCUAUUCCUGAUGAUCCUUCACCUGGAGCAAUAGAAAAUAAGGGGGGCCCAUCUGAAGUGGCAUGCCUCAGGCCAGAGCUCCAUCACAGUGAGGACAUGGUAUUUACUCCUGAGUUAGGCCUCCAAUUAAGAUUAAAUGAGAAUUUGGAAACAACUAUAACAGAAGACUUGAAGAAACAUGAUUCAAAAUUUUCUAGUUCAUCAAAUGAUGUAAUGACUUCACCAAUAAGUUCAUCAGACAACUUGCCAUUAGACACGGAAAAGACAGAUUCCUUAGGACCCCUGAAUACGCCAGUUCACUUUAGUAGUCAACUAGGCACCAUUCUAUUUGGCAAAAAGUCAUCUCCCCUUAUUGGGUCUGGUGUACCUUUGCACUUAAGUGAAAGAGAUAAUGAUUCCACGGUGUUAGAAGCAGCUUUAACGAGUAGCCAAGAAAGUUCCCUGGGAAAGAAGGUAUCAUCAAUGGAGAGUGAUAGGUUAUUUAAAGAGAAGAAAGUUCAUGGACUUGCUUCAUUGACCAAAGAUAAUGCUUUAUUCAAAGUUAAUAUCUCUUUCGUAAAGACAAACAAAACACCCAACAACUCAACAAAUAUUGGAAAGACUCACAUUGAUGGCCCAACAUUAUUAAAUGAGAAUAGUACAUCAGGCUGGCAAGACAUAUUAAAAAAUGAUACUGAGUUUCAAGAAGUGACUUCUUUGAAUCAUAAUGAAAUGUUUAUAGAUAAAAAUACUACAGCUUUGGGGCUAAAUCAUGUAUCAAAUAAAACUACUUCAUCAAAAGAUGUGGAAAUGGUCCACCAAAAGAAAGAGGACCCUGUGUCACUAGAUGCAGAAAAUCCAGAUAUGUCAUUCUUCACGAUGCUGUCCUUGCCAGAUUCAGCGAAUUGGAUAAAAAGGACUCACAGAAAGAACUCCCUGAGCUCAGAGCAAGGGCCUAGUCCAAAGCAGUUAAUAUCAUUGAGCUCAGAAAAUUCUGUGAAAGAUCAAAAUUUCUCGUCAGAGGAGAAGAGUAAGGUGGCAGUAGGAGAGGAUGAAUUUACAAAGGACACAGGAUUCAAAGAAAUGAUUUUUCCAAACAGCAGGAGCAUAUUUCUUACAAACUUGGCUAAUGUACAAGAAAAUGAUACCCAAAAUCAAGAAAAAAAGUUUCAGGAAGAGAUAGAAAGGAAGGAAACAUUAAUCCAAGGGAAUGCAGGUUUGCCUCAAGUGUUUCCAGUGAUUGGCACUAAGAAUUUCCUGAAGACACUCUUCUUACUGAGCACUCGGCAAAAUGUUACUGUAGAAGACUUAGAUGAGGUAGAGUAUGAUUCAGUACUUCAAGAUACCAGGUCACUGAAUGGUUCAGCAAAUAGAUUAGGGCUCCCCAUAGCCCAUUUCUCAAAAAGAAGGGAGGAAGCAAACUUGGAAGACUUGAGAAAUCAAACUGAGCAAAUGGUAGAGAAAUAUCCAAGACCCACAAGGAUGUCUUUUAAUCCAAGUCAACAGAAUGCUAUCACUCAACGUAGUAAGUGGACUUUGAAACAAUUUGGACCCCCACUAGAAGAAAUAGAGCUUGAAAGGGGGUUAAUUGCAAAUGACACCUCAACCCUGCAGUCCAGAAACAUGAAGUAUUUGACCCAGGGCACCCUCACACAGGCAGACUACAAUGAAAAAGAGAAAAGGGCCAUAACUCAGUCCCCCUUAUCAGAUUGUUCUAUAAGGAAUCAUGUCAUCCCUCAAACAAAUGACUCUGCAUUACCCAUUGCAAAGACAUCAGCAUUUCCAUCAGUUAGACCUACAGAUCUGAACAGGAUACCAUCCCAAGACAACUCUUCUCAUCGUCUAUCAUCAGCCUGUAAUUACACUUUUAGGGAGAAAAGUUCUGGUGUCCAGGAAAGCAGUCAUUUCUUCCAAGUAGCCAAAAGAAAUCACCUAUCUUCAGCCAUCCUAACCUUGGAUAUGAUCAGAGGUCAAGAAAAGGUCAUCUCCCUAAGUGCCACAGACCCACUCAUGUACAAGAAACUUGAGAACACUGUUCUCUUGAAACCAGGCUCACCUGAAGCAUCUGGAAAAGUUGAAUUACUUCCUAAAAUUCGUGUUCAUCAGGAAGACCCCUUCCCUACAGAAACUAGCAAUGGUUCUCCUGGCUACCUGGAUCUCAAGGAAGAGAUCCUCCUUCAAAAAACACAGGGAGCUGUUAAACUGAGUAAAGGAAACAGACCUGGAAAAGUGCCCUUUCUGAAAGGGGCAACAGAAAGCCCUGAAAAGACUCUCCCCAAGCUGCUCAGCCCCCUUGCAUGGGAUAACCAAUAUGUUACCCAGAUAUCAAGAGAAGAAUGGCAAUCUCAAGAGAAGUCACCAAAAAGCACAGCUUUUAAUACAAAGGACACCAUUUCUCCCUUGAACCCUUGUGAAAGCAAUCAUGCAAUAGCAGCUAUAAGUGAGGGACAAGAUAGGCUUCUAAAGGAAGUCACUAGGGCAAAGCAAAGGGAGGCUGAAAGGUUGGGCUCUGAAAAUCCACUGGUCUUGAAACACUACCAUCCAAGGGAAAUAACCCUUACUGCUCUUCAGCAAGAGCAAGAAAAAAUUGACUAUGAUGAUGCCCUCUCAAUUGAAAUGAAGAGGGAAGAUUUUGACAUUUACGGUGAGGAUGAAAAUCACGGGCCCCGCAGCUUUCAAAAGAAAACGCGGCACUAUUUUAUUGCUGCAGUGGAGCGAUUCUGGGAUUAUGGGAUGAAUAAAUCUCCUCAUGCUCUAAGAAACAGGGCUCAGAGUGGCAGUGUCCCACAGUUCAAGAAGGUGGUUUUCCAGGAAUUUACUGAUGGCUCCUUUACUCAACCUUUAUACCGUGGAGAACUAAAUGAACACUUGGGACUCUUGGGGCCAUAUUUAAGAGCAGAAGUUGACGACAAUAUCAUGGUGACUUUCAAAAACCUGGCCUCUCGUCCUUACUCCUUCUAUUCUAGUCUAAUUUCUUAUGAGGAAGAUCAGAGGCAAGGAACAGAACCUAGAAAAAAAUUAGUGAAGCCUAAUGAAACCAAAACUUACUUUUGGAAAGUACAACAUCAUAUGGCGCCCACUGAAGAUGAAUUUGACUGCAAAGCCUGGGCUUAUUUCUCUGAUGUUGAUCUGGAAAAAGAUCUGCACUCAGGCUUGAUUGGACCCCUUCUGAUCUGCCGCACUAACACGCUGAACCCUGCUCAUGGGAGACAACUGACAGUUCAGGAAUUUGCUCUGCUUUUCACUAUCUUUGAUGAGACCAAGAGCUGGUACUUCACUGAAAACAUGGAGAGGAACUGCAAGGCUCCCUGCAAUAUCCAGAUGGAGGACCCUCUUUUUAAAAAGAGCUAUCGCUUCCAUGCAAUCAAUGGCUAUGUGAUGGAUACACUACCUGGCUUAGUAAUGGCUCAGGAUCAAAGGAUCCGGUGGUACCUGCUCAGCAUGGGCAGCAAUGAAAAUAUCCAUUCUAUUCAUUUCAGUGGACACGUGUUCACUGUCCGGAAAAAAGAGGAGUAUAAAAUGGCAGUCUACAACCUCUAUCCAGGCAUGUUUGAGACAGUGGAAAUGCUGCCAUCAAAAGUUGGAAUUUGGAGAGUAGAAUGCCUUAUUGGUGAGCAUCUACAAGCUGGAAUGAGCACUCUUUUUCUGGUGUACAGCAAGGAGUGUCAGAUUCCCCUGGGAAUGGCUUCUGGACGCAUUAGAGAUUCUCAGAUUACAGCUUCAGGACAUUAUGGACAGUGGGCCCCAAAGCUGGCCAGACUUCAUUAUACUGGAUCGAUCAAUGCCUGGAGCACCAAAGAUCCCUUUUCCUGGAUCAAGGUGGAUCUGUUGGCGCCAAUGAUUAUUCACGGCAUCAAGACCCAGGGUGCCCGCCAGAAGCUCUCCAGCCUCUACAUCUCCCAGUUUAUCGUCAUGUAUAGUCUCGACGGGAAGAAGUGGCAGAGUUAUCGAGGGAAUUCCACUGGGACCUUAAUGGUCUUCUUCGGUAAUGUGGAUUCAUCGGGGAUAAAACACAAUAGUUUUAACCCUCCGAUUAUUGCUCAGUACAUCCGCUUGCACCCAACACAUCACAGCAUCCGCAGCACUCUUCGUAUGGAGUUGAUGGGCUGUGAUUUAAACAGUUGUAGCAUGCCACUGGGAAUGGAGAGUAAAGCAAUAUCAGAUGCACAGAUUACUGCCUCAUCCUACUUCACCAAUAUAUUUGCCACCUGGGCUCCUUCACAAGCUCGACUUCACCUCCAGGGGCGGAUCAAUGCCUGGAGACCACAGGUAAAUAGUCCAAAAGAGUGGCUGCAAGUGGACUUCCAGAAGACAAUGAAAGUCACAGGAAUUACCACCCAGGGGGCAAAAUCUCUCCUUACCAGCAUGUAUGUAAAGGAGUUCCUCAUCUCCAGCAGUCAAGAUGGCCAUCACUGGACUCUCUUUCUUCAGAAUGACAAAGUAAAGGUUUUUCAGGGAAAUCGAGACUCCGUCACACCUGUGGUGAACUCUUUAGACCCCCCACUGCUGACCCGCUACCUUAGAAUUUACCCUCAGAGCUGGAUGCACCAAAUUGCCCUGAGGCUGGAGAUUCUGGGCUGCCAGUCUCAGCAGCACCACUGAGGGCAGCCAACCGCAGCGCCUGCUGGUCCCCUCGCUCUCCCUCUCUGUCAGUGCCCCAAGUCCAGGUCGUCCUGGGGGGACUCAGGGCUCUCCAGGCACGUUAGCCAACGUGCCCAGAGGAUUGGCUAUGCGCUGGAGAGACACCUUCGUGAUGUAGGCAUUUCAGAUGAGGCUUUAUACGUUUAAACUAAAACUCCCACUUGUUUAGUAUCCUGGUCAAGCACAGAAGGGAUGUUACAACGCCUGAGGGAUGGAAAAGGAAAUGCAGUUAAGUCCUUUUAGCGAAACAAAGCAAACUUCUUACCUAAGUUUUCUGUGUUCAGUUAUCUGUACAUGGUGCCAAAUAAACUGAGCUGAAUUUUUCCACUAGAUAGACUUUAACCGCAUGUUUUGGGGUCCUAUCAACACAGCCUGGAAGUCAAAAGGCAAGUCAUUUGUCAAUCUGUAAAAUAGAGAGAUGUAAGAACUAUUACUACAUUAAAGUCUGUUUUCGCCUCGUUAUAAUUAUCUUAUUCAGUCACAC